AGACCGCGUCCACGCCGCGAGCACAGCCCCUCGCAGCUCUUCCGCCGCCGCCGCCGGUCCACGCCCGCCUCCCAGCUCACCAUGGAUGAUGAUAUCGCUGCGCUCGUUGUGGACAACGGCUCCGGCAUGUGCAAGGCCGGAUUCGCCGGUGACGAUGCUCCCCGGGCCGUCUUCCCUUCCAUCGUGGGGCGCCCGCGGCACCAGGGUGUGAUGGUGGGCAUGGGCCAGAAGGACUCCUACGUAGGUGAUGAAGCUCAGAGCAAGAGAGGCAUCCUGACCCUGAAGUACCCCAUUGAACACGGUAUCGUCACCAACUGGGACGACAUGGAGAAGAUCUGGCAUCACACCUUCUACAACGAGCUGCGUGUGGCCCCCGAGGAGCACCCCGUGCUGCUCACCGAGGCCCCCCUCAACCCCAAGGCCAACCGUGAAAAGAUGACCCAGAUCAUGUUCGAGACCUUCAACACCCCAGCCAUGUACGUGGCCAUCCAGGCCGUGCUGUCCCUGUAUGCCUCUGGUCGUACCACUGGCAUCGUGAUGGACUCCGGCGAUGGGGUCACCCACACUGUGCCCAUCUAUGAGGGCUACGCUCUCCCCCAUGCCAUCCUGCGUCUGGACCUGGCUGGCCGGGACCUGACAGACUACCUCAUGAAGAUCCUGACCGAGCGUGGUUACAGCUUCACCACCACAGCCGAGCGGGAAAUUGUGCGUGACAUCAAGGAGAAGCUGUGCUACGUCGCCCUGGACUUUGAACAGGAGAUGGCCACUGCUGCAUCCUCCUCUUCCCUGGAGAAGAGCUACGAGCUGCCUGAUGGCCAGGUCAUCACCAUUGGCAAUGAGCGGUUCCGUUGCCCUGAAGCACUCUUCCAGCCUUCCUUCCUGGGCAUGGAAUCCUGCGGGAUCCACGAAACUACCUUCAACUCCAUCAUGAAGUGUGAUGUUGACAUCCGCAAGGACCUGUAUGCCAACACAGUGCUGUCUGGUGGUACCACCAUGUACCCAGGCAUUGCGGACAGGAUGCAGAAGGAGAUCACAGCCCUGGCGCCCAGCACAAUGAAGAUCAAGAUCAUCGCGCCCCCUGAGCGCAAGUACUCUGUGUGGAUCGGCGGCUCCAUCCUGGCCUCGCUGUCCACCUUCCAGCAGAUGUGGAUCAGCAAGCAGGAGUACGAUGAGUCUGGCCCCUCCAUCGUCCACCGCAAAUGCUUCUAGGCGGACUGUUACCGAGCUGCGUUACACCCUUUCUUGACAAAACCUAACUUGCGCAGAAAACGAGAUGACAUUGGCAUGGCUUUAUUUGUUUUUUUUUUUUCCUUUUUUUUAAUUUUUAAAUUUUUGUUUUUUUGUUUUUGGCGCUUUUGACUCAGGAUUUAAAAACUGGAACGGUGAAGGUGACAGCAGUCGGUUGGAGCAAGCAUCCCCAAAGUUCUACAAUGUGGCCCGAGGACUUUGAUUGUACAUUGUUCCUUUUUUUUAUAGUCAUUCCAAGUAUCCCAUGAGAUACAUGGCUACAGGAAGUCCCUCGCCCUCCCAAAAGCCGCCCCGCUCCCGUAAGGAGGAUGGCCCAGUCCACACCCUGAGUCCACGCAGGGGAGGCGACAGCAUUGCUUUUGUGUAAAUUAUGUACUGCAAAUUUUUUUUAAUCUUCGCCUUAAUACUUUUUUUUAUUUUUGUUUUUUAUUUUGAGUGGUCAGCCAUCGUGACCCCCUUUUUUUGUCCCCCCAACUUACGAUGUAUGAAGGCUUUUGGUCUCCCUGGGAGUGGGUUGAGGUGUGGAGGCAGCCUGGGCUUUGCCUGUACACUGACUUGAGACCAGUUCAAUAAAAGUGCACACUUUACAAACAGGCAA